AUGCCACUGUUCAAGUCGCCACCAGAUGAUGAAGAAAGAAGUAUCGGGAUAACCUUUAGCUAUCUUGUCCGCCCCAGUGUGGAGCUUACUCUGUCAUCACGCAGAUGGCUGGCCGGUAGAUGGACGAGACACUGGGUAGAAGGCAAGUAUAGCAAGGCAUAUGUAUAUCUCCAUGCUCCACCCUCAGGACCGGUUCUUGUUCCAUCAUCAGGUCAAGGUGGUCUCUUCUUCCUACUCUUUACAAUUCUUGUACUUCUUGGUCCUGGUUUCCAUUUUUAUUAA